UUUCCUUCACAGACGUGUUAAUUUAUUAGAAAACUUGGCAACACAAUUUGCAUCUCACUCACACCUAUUUACAAAGUUCUUUUUACUGCUAGUCAGAUCUGCAGCCUCACUACCAGCCUUGUGUUUCUUUGGCGUUGUGUAUCAGAUAGGUUGAAGAGUCUGUAUUCACUCUUUAAUUAUUUAUUGCACUCUACUAAUUAUCUUUAGUUGAGUUAUUGAACUGAUUACUUUUCAAUCCCUGACAUGUUUUUCUCUGUCCUACUUUGUGUUGCAAAUGCUGCACUGCAGACUCACUUCUAGCCCACCACAUGAGGGUGGGCAUGUAGUAACAGUAGGUGGGCAUCCAGUAGUGGGCCCUUGCAAACCUUAGCACUGUUGUAAGCUGUCAACACUAUCAUAAACCGGAAACCAUAUGAGCAUCUGGGCAAUUUAUUCCCCUGUUAAUGAAUUGCAAUCUACCCCUGAAUAAAUUAAGUUAUCAGUUUUAAAUUUGACUUCCAUCCGUUUAUUUCUUUUCAAUUCCUGGACAAAAACUCCUCAUUGUAGGUUUCUGGCAAAACAAGCUUUUCUUUUUCCAAUAAACUUGUUGAGAUGAGAUUGCACUCUCUAUUAUAAUCAGCCUUCCUUUUAUCUAUGACUGCACAAUGAAACCUCAUCUCGAGGUUUCCGCAUGUGGGCUUUGAAUUCAGAGAUGUUUUGAUUGAGCAGACUCCAAGUCCUCGACUUUUAACGUGGUCCUGGUCUAAACCUCCACUCUUAUAUAAAGCAUUGAUCCAUAUCCUUAAGGAGAUUUCUUUACACCGUUGGAAUUAAAACCCAAUCCUGAUCUCUGUAGCUAACGCUGACAAUGCUGCAGAGGACUCAUCAUCAUCAUCAUCAUCCAGCUUUAUGACUCCUGCAGCCUGAGGGUGAGCUGUUCCCCCAACAUUUACAGCACAUCGUGAUGAGAGCAGAAAACAGUGGAGGUUGUGCGAAUACAACAAAAUCCCAAAUGCAUGGUUAUGUCAGAACAUGCAGAUAUCUUUACAGGUGUUUCCCGUUAGAACAAAUACUGUUUGCCCCUUAUUCGAUACAUACAAAUCAGCUGGCAGCGACAAUUGAGAAGAAAACUGUCACCAUGAAAAGACGGAGAGGAACAACACAAUGAAUGAAAGCUCACACUCCAAACCUCUAGUGUCCAUGACUACAGGGAUUUCAGCAAUUAUGUUGACACUUCAUCAAUCCAUUCAUCUAUUUAUCACCAUGCAGGAGACAGGAAACACCUGCUAAUGAGGUGCUAUAAAUAUCCAUCAUCUAGUCAGGCUUUAACACAAAAGAUCAUUCUUAAUCAACACAGUUUAUUAAGAGUAAAGUUCAAAUCAUGAGUGUUAGGUCGUCUUCAUCUAAGUGCAGCAAUGAAAACUCCUUUUGUACAUUUCCAGACUCUCAUUUCUUCAGAGGAAAAUAACAAGAGUCCACAGUGGAGAUUUUGUGAGCUUUUUUUGUCCCGAGGAUGCUUUAUGCUUCUAUAAAAGGAGUGUGCUCUCGCCAUGAGAUGGUGACGCAGAGACUGCGCUCAGUCAGAGAGUAUAAAGGACGAAGCUCGGCUCAGUCUCGGCGCACACAUGGAGCAGCAACUGGGUUGGUAGGCAAGAUACCUCGGUGCCCGGAGACGCUUGAAAAGAACAGGGAGAUGAACACAACAGAGAAGUUUUACCUUCCCGUUGAUGGCAUUCUCGACAUGUUCAACUCUUUCACCGGGCUUCACCACCAAUCACGCAUUACGCAUCCAGUCCUCCAGAGCGCAGCACUCACCCCGGCGACCCAGCACCCCAAAGUCUCAAACAUAUCGAAGACAGGCAUGGGCAUCAUCAAAACAGUCAAAGGCCACUGGAGGCAACAGGAUCACAGAGUGGUUACAAGUAGAUCCUCCAGUUCUGGCAAUCGACAGGUUUCAACUGAUCGAGUCUCCAAAAGAUCCGUGGAUCUGCUGGAGCUGGGUCUGACCAAACCGAGAAACUGUCACAGAGUGGUAGUGCUUGGUGCGCCCAAAGUGGGGAAAACCAACAUCCUUCAGCGGUUCUUAGGAAAGGAAUUUGUGGAGGACUAUGAGCCCACAACCGAGGACUUUCACAGAAAACUGUUCCACAUAGGCGGGGAGGCUUACCAGGUGGAUCUGCUGGACGCAGCCGGUGAGAGGAACUUCCCUGCGAAACGGAGGCUAUCCAUACUGACAGGUGAGAACUUCAUUUCUUGAAGUUAAUGGGCACUAUGUUUUUAGGACAGUACGGUCUGAUAUGAAAUCGCCUCACUCAAACUGUGGAUUUGACUGAUUUGAUGCUCUUUUUCUCCUCAGGUGACAUCUUUCUACUCGUGUUCAGUUUGGAUGACAGAGAGUCCUUCAGUGAAGUCUGUGAGCUGCUCGACGAGAUCAAAGCUGCGAAGGCAAAACUGCUGAAACUGAAACAUCCCGCCAGAGUCCCAGCUGUCAUCUGCGGGAACAAAUCGGACUUAGAAGCACCUGGGGCCGUCAGACGGUCCGAGGUGACAGAAACCCUCGGUGAGGACGUCUCUUUCUUCGAGACCUCAGCCAAAGACGGAGCCGGACUGGACGCGAUGUUCAGGGCUCUGGCCACUUUAGGCGGGCUGCCUGACGAGACCAGUCCAUCACGGCACCAGGUGAUACCUCUCCUCACAUACCAGUCUCUCUACCUGGAACAGAGGGGCAGGAGAGGGGACCGCAGGCGGGGACUCAGUGCGCCCUGCGCCGCCACGGACCCGCUGGCGCGCCGCCCGAGCUUCACCAGCGACCUACGGCUCGUGCUGAGAACCAGCACCAAACCCAAACCCGAGAGGUGUCAGAUUCAAUGAAUCGUGAACCUUCUCGAAAACCCAAUUGUAGUAGUAUGCUGCAAUGUCGUAUUAUGUAAGGAGUUAUACUCUGUAGCACUCGGCUGGACCAGUGCAUUCAUAUUUUAUGAAGUGUAAACUAUUCUGUAAUAAAAAUGUUAUUUUUAAACUUA